AUGGCUGCUGCGCCAAUUGACCAUCUUUAUGCAGAGGACCCGCACGGAGACACACAUUCUUUGAUGGAGGCGUCGAUAGAGGACUUCGAAGACCAGGAGCGGCGAUCACCCCUCUUUCCCGCAUUCAAAUCUGAGCAUGAAGAUAGUGAGAUCGACGAUAGAUCGAGUACGGGGUUGCCUUGGUCACCUCCUGGCUUUCGACAUCGCAACGCGAGUGUGACUGGGUGGUAUCGGCAGGACCCUUACGGGAAAUAUUCUUUGAGACCCUCAAUCAGUCCUUCACGGUCGAGGCAGACAAGCCCUGAAGUCUACCAGGAUGCGAAUGAGGGGGAUCCAGAUAUCACAAUUGCUGUGAAUACACCACUGCCUGCAGGCGCAGACUCUCCAAUGAAGGAACGCUCUCCGGAGGUAGAGCCUCAGCGCAAUCAAGGAAACACUUGGGGUCAGUCUGACCCUUCGCCAGAAGACACUCACAACAACUACAUUCGACUCCAAGUCCACGCCGAAGUGCAACACCGUGAACCGAUCAUGGCUCUAGUGAACCUUGUCCGGCAAUCAGUUGGUGCGCUGACUAGGUCAAAAUCCACUUUCCUAUUUUAUACCGGCGUCACCUUGUUAUCUGCGCUGCUAUUGAGGAUGAUCUCUGUGCCACCGACACCUCCUCCCAUACCAGACCUAGUCAAGCUGUCUACUCUAGCCAAGUCCUUCGAACCCUUGAUAUUCUACUCAGAAAAUGGCUAUACCCAGAUUACAGCUCUGCAGGAGACGAGUGUGGCGGUUUGGGAUCUGGGGGAAUCUGUCAGAAGCGCCAACAUGACCUCUGGCCCGUUGAUUGUGGCUUCCCUAGAUGAGCUUUCCGACAACUUACAAAAGCUUGGCCUUGAGUUGACCAGGUUCUUUGCCGAUGUCGAUUCGGACGUGGACAGUAUUCUGAUUGUCAUGGACUGGGCUAAGAGAGAGCUGGAAGGCGUGACAUCGACUCAAGGGACCUCGAUCACAGGAGUGGUGUUUGAUCGGAUGCACGGGCUAUUGAAUCGGGGAGGCUUGCUCGAAACACCCACGGGGCCGACCGCAUUGGGCAAACAGCUGACUGGGCUGUUUGGGUCAAGUUCGCCUCAGAGAACCAGAGCAACACUAACCAGGACCUUCCAUGAAUUCUUGAAUGUCCUCGAAGAGUCCAUCAGCAACGAGCUGACCCACUCGGCGGCGUUGUUCUCGCUCUUCGAAGCCAUCGAUCGGCAGUUUUUGACUCUACAGAGAACAGUUGUCCGAGAGACCGAUACUCAGGAAAAACUUGAAAAUGAUCUGUUAUCUUCGCUGUGGACUAAAGUUAUGGGGGCGAAUGCAGCCACAUUGCGCAAGUAUGAAAAGAACAAACAACUCUUAUCCAGCUUGCGUGCGAGAACAGUCAACAACAAGCACUUACUGAUGGAGCAUCACGGACGCUUGCAGACACUCAAGGUGAAUCUGGAAUCACUGCGGCGGAAGCUGGUCAGCCCCCUGGUGAGGAGGAAUGACUCGGUGACGAUCGACAACGGUAGCGCCAUCGACCAGCAGAUCAAGGGCCUGGAGGGCACAUACUUCUACCUGAAAGACGUCCGAGAGAAACAGAAAAGCAAACUCAUGGAAAUGGUUUACGGCGCGCGGGCCGGCCGCACAAGACUUGUUGGUGUCAAUGGUGGAUUGGAAAGCAUUGGAAUCGAUGCCAGAUAA